GCUCAUUGUGCUUGUUGUUCGUUUGUCGGCUAAAUUAAAGUGUUGUGUGGUUGUUUUGUUAGAUACAUUUCUUGAGCAGAAAGUUAUCUUAACAAAAGUGCGUUGCAUCUUUGCACAAGUGAGAGUGUAACAAAGUGAGAAGAAAGCAACUCACUACGCAUAUCUAAAAAUACAAAGUGUUCGGGUCGGUGCUUGCUGUGCAUUUCAGUGGGAUGAUUUAACGAUCAUCUGAAAGUGACCCCACGAUUUUUUUUUGUCACACCUCUCCCCCAACCCCCCUCCAAACAGAGCCGCAAAAAUGGUGCUACGAAUGCGUGACAUGCUGUACGAGAAUCCGCUCGAUCACUUUCUUUCCCUGCUGAUCGAUCUGCUGAUCUUCUUCGCGAAGUCCAUCUACUACACACUGGAAACGAUCGUGCUGACGCUAACGCCGUACCAGUUUCGGAAGCUAAAGGACGUAUCCGGACAGGUGGUGCUGAUUACGGGCGGCGGUGGCGGUGUGGGCCGACAGUUGGCACUGAACUUUGCGCGCCUCCGAGCCCGCGUCGUCAUCUGGGACAUAAACAAGGAUGCACUGCAGGGCACGGUGGACGCCCUGGAGGCGGAAGGUUACCGCUGCCGGGCCUAUCUGGUGGACAUUUCCGAGCGCGAGCGGGUGUACGAAGCGGCCAAGAAGGUGAAGCAGGAAGUGGGCAACGUGCAGGUGCUGAUCAACAAUGCCGGUAUCGUCGCCUGCCGCACGCUCUGGGAUCUAUCCGAUAAGGCCAUCGAGAGUACGUACGCCGUCAACAUUCUGUCGCACUAUUGGACCACACGUGCCUUCCUGCCGGAAAUGAUGAACGGCAACAGUGGCCACAUCGUUACGGUCAGCUCGGUUACUGGACUGCUCGGUACGUACGGCUGCACCGAUUACAGUGCGACCAAGUUUGCCUGCGUAGGCUUCCACGAGUCCCUCUACUCGGAGCUGAAGACUCAUGGUUACGACAACAUCCACAUGACGCUGGUGUGUCCGUACUACAUCAACACGGGCAUGUUUGCGGGAUGCAAGCCGCGCCUGUUUCCCAUGCUCGAGCCGAAGUACGUCGCCGACAGUAUGGUCCGCUCGAUUCUCAAGAACGAGGUGAACUGCACGCUGCCGGACCACGUGCGCAUGUUCCUGCCGCUCAAGUGUCUGCUGCCGGCGAAGAUGUGCUGGGAGCUGAUGUACCGCGUGGUGAAGGGCCCGGAAUCGAUGAUGGGUUUCCGUGGCCGGGGCAAGGCAACGGCUGGUUAGGGCAUGGAUUCGCCAGUGGGCGGGGCCCUCUAUCGUGUCUCCCCCAUCUCCGGCGAUGCGUUUAUGAUCAGUUUUAACAUAUUUGCUCUAAUUGCUAAUUGUCAUCUACUUUUUAAUUAUCGUAUCACAUAAGCACCAACCGAACGGCGGCAUGUUCCGACAUUAUUCUUCUUAUUUCGUUUAAGAUAUGCUCGAAUAAUGUAUCAUCGAAAAAGAUAACAGAAAGAAGACAGAGAGAGACAGAAACAAUCUGAAUUAUUGCUUUAGGGCGCUAUCGUUGAUAGUGUUUUUUUUAGAUAAAAGCCUUAUUCGGA